CCCUCACCUCGACACUCUCUGCAGCUACUUCACCCAGCGCACAGCACAGCACACGCAUAGCAGCAGCAGCCUGUGCACAGCUCUUUGCUCUAACUCGCUCGCACUUGCUGCACCGCCGCAGCUCUUCGCCCUCGGCGCACCGCUCACCCCUCGCCUCACCUCACCUCGCCGCCGCGCCGCGGCCCCACCUCGCCCAGCAUGGCGUCGACGGUGGCCAUCGUCGACAUCAAGGGCAAGUCGCUCAUCCAGCGCUCGUACCGCGACGACAUUGAGCCGGCGCAUGUCGAGCGCUUCCUGCCGCUGCUGCUCGACAUGGAGGAGGAGAGCGGCGGCGCGGCCGUGUGUCCCUGCUUCACCAGCGAGGGCAUCAACUACAUGUUCAUCCGCCACAACAACCUGUACUUGCUCGCGCUCUCGCGGCGCAACUCCAACGCCGCCGAGCUGCUGCUCUUCCUGCACAAGCUCGCCGCCGUGCUCGAGGAGUACUUCAAGGAGCUCGAGGAGGAGAGCAUCCGCGACAAUUUUGUCAUCAUCUACGAGCUGCUCGACGAGAUGAUGGACUUUGGCUACCCGCAGACGACGGAGAGCAAGAUUCUGCAGGAGUACAUCACACAAGAAUCGCACAAGCUCGAGGUGCAGGUGCGGCCACCGAUGGCCGUCACCAACGCCGUGUCGUGGCGCAGCGAGGGCAUCCGCUACCGCAAGAACGAGGUGUUCCUCGACGUCGUCGAGAGCGUCAACCUGCUCGUCAACGCCAACGGCAACGUAGUGCGCUCCGAGAUCCUCGGCGCCGUCAAGAUGAAGUGCUACCUGUCGGGCAUGCCGGAGCUGCGCCUCGGCCUCAACGACAAGGUCAUGUUUGAGAGCACCGGGCGGGCGGCACGGGGCAAGGCCAUUGAGAUGGAGGACGUCAAGUUCCACCAAUGCGUGCGCCUCUCGCGCUUCGAGAACGACCGCACCAUCUCGUUCAUCCCGCCCGACGGCGAGUUUGAGCUCAUGAGCUACCGGCUCAGCACGCAGGUCAAGCCGCUGGUGUGGGCCGAGGCCGUCGUCGAGCGGCAUGAGGGCAGCCGCAUCGAGUUUAUGGUCAAGGUCAAGGCGCAGUUCAAGCGGCGGUCAACGGCAAACAACGUCGAGAUCCACGUGCCAGUCCCAGACGACGCCGACUCGCCCAAGUUCCGCGCGGCGACGGGCUCGGUGCACUACGCGCCCGAGAAGUCGGCGAUGGUGUGGAAGAUCAAGCAGCUCGGCGGCGGGCGCGAGUUCCUGAUGCGGGCGCACUUCGGCCUGCCGUCCGUCAAGAACGAGGAGACGAUGGACCGGAAAGCACCCAUCACGAUCAAGUUUGAGAUUCCGUACUUUACCGUCUCGGGCAUCCAGGUGCGGUAUCUUAAGAUCGUCGAGAAGUCGGGCUACCAGGCGCUGCCAUGGGUGCGCUACAUCACACAGGCCGCCGGCCCCGGCUACGAGCUGCGCACGGCGUCGGAGAAGAGCCAGGCUCGGCUCGCGCCCUUCUCGGCAUGAGCAGGCCUCAUGCGCGCGGGAGCUCAUGGGCUCACGCAGCGAGCACGGCGGCCAUGUCGCUUGACGAAGUCUGCCGUCCUCUUUUGGAUCUGCGCUCGGCAGAGAGUCGUUCUACUGCGAGCCGACCUGUACGCUUUCCCUUCCUGUCACAAUGCCAUGCCGUCUACGA